AAAGUUCAAUACUUCGGUCAACAUCGUAACCACCGCACCCCACCCCACAAACAACAACACAAUGACUCUCCCUUCGAUAGCACUCCCAGGCCAACUUCUCGGCCCCGUCACUAAUUAUCUCCCCGGUCCCGGCACCCACAUCCACAACUCCCAAGUCUAUGCUUCCAUCGCUGGCGCCGUCACUUCCAAAUCCACCCCGAACGGCAAAUCUCCUCCGCUCCUUUGCAUCUCCCGCCCUCCCCCCGCCUCCUCCACCUCUCCCGGUAUCCUGGGUCCCUCCAGCGGCAGCGGAGCUUCCAUCCUCCCCGAGGUCUCGUCCACCGUCCUCGCACGCGUCACCCGUCUGGGCCCGCGCUUUGCCUCUCUGGACAUCCUCGUGGUCGACUCGUCCGUCUGCAGCACCUCGUUCCUCGCGCAGAUCCGCCGGGAGGAUAUCCGAGCUACGGAGAAGGAUAAAGUCAAGGUUGAAGAGAGUUUCCGCGUGGGGGAUAUUGUGCGCGCCGAGGUGAUCAGUCUGGGAGAUCAGAGCGCGGGGUAUUAUCUCAGUACUGCGAGGAAUGAGUUGGGGGUGGUGUUGGCAUGGGGGGUGGAGGGCAGGUUGCUGGAGCCGGUCAGUUGGAGGGAGGUGAGGGAUCCGGUGACGGGGAGGAGGGAGACGAGGAAGGUGGCGAAACCUUUUGCUUGAGAACGAGGGAAUGAAUUGGUUGGUUUGAAAGAUUGGGAAACGGAUCGUUUGACAGAUGAAUCCCGCGUCACGAAAGAGAAGGUGAAGUUUGAUGGAGCCUACACUAUGUGUGCUGGAAACCCGGUUUCUCCCGCUCCGCUCCAGACGCUUGUACCCCAGCUACGUCGUGGAUGACCUGGCAGCGACCACUCAACAGUCGGUGCGAGCUGGCGGCGCGCAUACUACGAUCAACAUGCGCCUUCGACGAAGCGGAAAAGGAUGGAUAUGGAGGUCAUUUCCACGCAACUCGAGCCGGAACUAUUGUCCAAGACUGAUACAGAGCCAUGCCAAGGGACCAGGGAACAUAACACAGUAUACUCCCCACGACGACUGUACAACUUGUUGGAUAUCUGAGACUUCGAUCGGAGGUGGUCAUAUGGGGUUUGAAUGCGCUCUUCAUUUACAGAAAAGCCAUCACCAAGUCAGUCGUACAAUAUCAGACCAUUUUUUGGAGGA